GGUGAGGUGUUAGGAGGCUGGUGCGGAACUUGCAGCGAGCGGCUCUGCAUUGCCGGCCAGCUGAACCCCAGCGCCCAGCAGACAAAAGAGGCUCAGACAGGCACGACCCGCGGCGGCUCGUGCGGCGAUGGCGAUGACGGGGCGAGGCUGCCGGGGGCUGCUGGCGCUGUGCGGGGCACUGGCCGUGUGCGCGUGGCUGCUGGGUGCCGAAGCCCAAGAUCCCGAGACGCCCGCGGAAGGUAUGAGGCGGCGCCGGCGGCUGCAGCAGGAGGACGGCAUCUCCUUCGAGUACCACCGCUACCCUGAGCUGCGCGAGGCUCUAGUGUCCGUGUGGCUGCAGUGCACCGCCAUCAGCCGGAUCUACACAGUGGGGCGCAGUUUCGAAGGCCGGGAGCUUCUGGUCAUAGAGCUGUCUGACAACCCAGGUGUCCAUGAGCCUGGUGAACCUGAGUUUAAAUACAUUGGGAACAUGCAUGGGAAUGAAGCAGUUGGACGGGAACUGCUCAUUUUCCUGGCCCAGUACCUGUGUAAUGAAUAUCAGAAGGGCAAUGAAACCAUCGUGAACCUGAUCCACAACACACGAAUUCACAUCAUGCCUUCACUGAACCCCGAUGGCUUCGAGAAGGCCGCAUCGCAGCCUGGCGAGCUCAAGGACUGGUUUGUGGGUCGGAGCAAUGCUCAGGGAAUAGAUUUGAACCGGAACUUCCCUGACCUGGAUAGGAUAGUUUAUGUUAAUGAAAAAGAAGGUGGUCCAAAUAAUCAUCUGCUGAAAAAUCUCAAGAAAAUUGUGGAUCAAAACACAAAGCUGGCUCCUGAGACCAAGGCAGUUAUCCACUGGAUUAUGGAUAUUCCUUUUGUGCUCUCUGCUAAUCUCCACGGAGGAGACCUUGUAGCCAACUAUCCCUAUGAUGAGACACGGACUGGUAGUGCUCAUGAAUACAGCUCCUGCCCAGAUGAUGUUACUUUCCAAAGCUUGGCUCGAGCAUAUUCUUCUUUCAAUCCAGUGAUGUCUGACCCCAAUCGUCCUCCCUGCCGCAAGAAUGACGAUGACAGCAGCUUUGUAGAUGGGACAACCAAUGGUGGUGCUUGGUACAGUGUACCCGGCGGAAUGCAAGACUUCAAUUACCUCAGCAGCAACUGUUUUGAGAUCACUGUGGAACUUAGCUGUGAGAAGUUUCCACCUGAAGAGACACUGAAGGGCUACUGGGAAGAUAACAAAAAUUCCCUAAUUAGCUACAUUGAGCAGAUACACCGAGGGGUUAAAGGAUUUGUCCGAGAUCAUCAAGGUAAUCCAAUUGCCAAUGCAACUAUUUCUGUGGAAGGAAUAGACCAUGAUAUUACAUCUGCAAAGGAUGGUGAUUACUGGAGAUUGCUUGUACCUGGAAACUAUAAACUCACAGCCUCAGCUCCUGGCUAUCUGGCAAUAACAAAGAAAGUGGCCAUUCCUUACAGCCCUGCCGUUGGGGUUGAUUUUGAACUGGAGUCAUUUUCUGAAAGGAAAGAAGAAGAAAAGGAAGAAUUGAUGGAAUGGUGGAAAAUGAUGUCAGAAACUUUAAAUUUUUAGGAAGACUUCUAAUUAACUUCUUUUACUAUAUCAUAUAUAGCAUAUUAUAACACAAUAUAGUAAUUUUCUUUUAGACAUUGUGCAGUUAAUAUUUAACAUUGAUUUAUUUUUAAUCAUUAGCUAUUACUAAACAUUACUUCAAAUAUACUAACUAGACUUUUAGGUUAAAAAAAUUAAGAACACUAUCUAUUUUGUUCUCUGAUAGAACAUUUGUUUUCCGAAAUACAUUGUGCAGAAGACUAUAGAAAAGUUAUAAGUGAUCUUACUAGCUUGAACUUAAAUGCAAUAUUCUGUGUGUUAUUUAAAAUGCAGAACUUUUUGAGUAAUUCUAGCUUUUAAAACUUAGUGAAGUCCUUCUGAUAGAAGUUGUGGCAAUGUCACGUAACGAAUACCAUUGAGAAGGUCAAUACAUACGGCUUGAGGUUGUGAGCACUGUGUGUAAGACUUAAAUAGUUCAGUAUAAACUGUCAUAUGUUUUCUUGUGCUGACUGGCUAUAUAAGCAUGAGUUGUUAAUACAUUUUUGAUGAGAAGAAAAUGUAAAUGUUUACCAAGGAGCUUUUGAAGGAAUGGGACUCAAUGUCUUACUUGUACAAAUAGAGACAAUGCAGUUAUAUUAUUCACCUUGUUAAUACUACUUCAAAGUUUAGUGUUUCCUCUUGGUUGUUAAUUGGCUCAGAAAUGCAUUCAAAAUGAAUAAAGUUUAAAAAA